AUGAUUAAAGAUAAUUUAGAUGGGGAAGAAUUAAUGGAAAAAUCAGUAACAAGUAAUGUUAUAAAAGGUAAUAUUUCAAUUAUAAAAUCAUCUGUAGAAUCAUUUGAUGAAGUUAUUCCUGAAACAAUUCAUUUACCAAGUCAAUAUUUAAAAAAUGCUCUUUUAAAAGAUAUUUCUGAGAAAGAGUUACUUAAAUUAAAUAUUGGAGGAAUGUCAUAUAAACUUCGGGUUUAUUCUAUAUUAUCAAAUGGACCAAAAACAUUAUUAGGAAAAUUUUGUACAAUGUCAGAGGAACAAAGAAAACAAUGGUGUGAUUUAUAUUUUGAGGAAUCUAAUGAAUAUUUUUUUGAACGUGAUCCAUUAUCAUUUGGUCCAAUUUAUGAAUUUUAUUCAACAGGUGUAUUACAUGUACCAAAUCAUAUAUGUUUUGAUAAAUUUAUACAAGAAUUAGAAUAUUGGAAUAUAUCAAAAACAAAAUUAGACCAAAACUGUAGCCCAUUUUAUCGUUUUUAUGAAUCACUCCAUAAUCGUUCGCGUUCUUUAGAGUCACCAAAUUUUGGUGAGUCAUCUAUUGAACAAUAUCGUCAUCGACUACAUUUAAUAUUUGAAGGUGGUAUCAAGUCAACAUUUUGGGUAGCAUUAAUAAUUGGAAGUAUGGAAGAAUUUCAAACAGUUAAAACAAGAAGAAAAACAGAGUUUGGAGAGGAUGAUCUUCAAGGGCAAAUGGUUUCAAGUAAAGGAAAACAUGGAAUUGGAUAUAUUGUUAGUAGUAAUACAAUAUUAGUUGAUGAUAGUGAUGAUAUGGAUAUGGAAGAACAUUGGAUUUUAUAUUAUAUUGAAAAAGUUUGUGUUAUAUUUUUUACUUUUGAAUAUCUUCUUCGUUUAUGGGUAUCACCAGAAAGAACAAAAUUUAUAAGAAAAUUUAUUAAUGUAAUUGAUUUGUUAACAAUAAUACCUUUUAUUUUUGAAUUAUUAUUUUUUAUUAUUGGAAUUGAUGGAAAUAAUAUAAGAAAAAUAACUUGGGCUGUUUUAACUGUUAGAUUAUUAAGAGUAAUGAGAGUUUUUAGAAUUGUUAAACUUGGUAGAUUUUCUACUGGUAUGGCUAAAUUUGGAAAAACUUUAUUAGAUUCAAAAAGACAAUUAGAAAUGAUUAUUAUUGUUAUUUUAACAGCAAUAUUAUUUUUCUCAACAUUAAUUUAUUUUCUAGAAAAAAAUGUUGAAAAUACUAAAUUUAAAUCUAUACCAAUAACAAUUUGGUGGGCUAUUGUUACAAUGACAACUGGUUAUGGAGAAAUGGUUCCAUGUACUGUUAUGGGUAAAGUUGUUGGAGCUAUAUCAAUAAUUUUUGGUAUUAUGGUAUUUUCUAUGCCAAUAACAAUAUUAGUGAGUAAUUUUAUUGAUGUUAUAAAAAUUAAGGAUGACAAAAUUAUCAAAAAAUACAUAGAAGAAUGA